AUGGACAGUGAAAAAGCGAGUAACAUAGCCGCCUCGAGACGAAGACGGAGCUUGUUCAAGAAAGCUGUGGAGCUUGCGACACUAUGCGGUGCACGAGUCGCCAUUGUUUCCAUCUCCCAGAAUGGGAAAGUUUUUUCGUUUCCGGGUUCGGAUUCCGUAAUCGAUAUUUACUACAAGUUUAAGGAAUCACCUCAUUCCGACAUGAGACCGAUGAUUUCGAAGAAAAGGCCGAGUACGGAGAGUGCAGACGAUGAUGCUACUACGAUUGAGAUGAUUUCGAAAAGAAGGGCAAUUAUGGAAAGAGAAGAGGAUGAUGGUGUGAUCGAGAAGGAUGAAGAGUUGGGGAGCCAUGUAGCAGCGGCAGGGGCAAGCAUGAAUCAAUCUUUGCUUGAUUUAACCUAG